ACAUAACAAAGUAUGUAAUUUUAUUUUUAAUUUUUCUUUUCUUCCUGCAACAAUUUUUAAUAGUUAAUGAAAUCUGUUACACUUUCUUCGCCAGAAGAUAAAAACAUUGUUCGACAGGCGGUUACAACUUCGAAAAUAUUUACUGCCGCGGUGGCUAAACUUCAUGUUGCAAGUCCAGAUCCUUCUAGAUGGACAUAUUCACAAAUAUGGGGUGCUGCUCUAUUUUGUAUUGAUAAAGCAAAAAAUAACUCGUUUUUUAUUCGUAUAGUUGAUAUUCAAAAUGGUGCGGGGGUAAUCUGGGAACAAGAACUUUACGAAGGCUUUCAAUAUGUCAAGGAUGCUCCUUAUUUUCAUUCUUUUGAAACUGAUGAUUGUUUGACUGCUUUAGAAUUUGUAGAUGAAGGUGAAGCAGAAGUAUUUUAUAAAAAAGUAUCAAGUCGAGAUUCUUUAACUAAGAAUGUAUUUUCUGGACAUAAAAAAACACCAAGCGAAUCAAACAAACGUAAAAGUAAAAUUGAUAAAAACCAUAUUGGUAUGCCGGCUGAUUUUAGACAUGUUGGACAUAUUGGUUAUACUCCUGGAAAAGGAUUUAGUGUUCAAAACAAUAACCCCGAAAUGGGAGGUAUCUUUGAGCAGCUAAGAGAGUUGGGUAUAUCUGCUGAAGAAAUCAAUGAAAACCAAGAAUUUAUUCAAGAAUUUUUACAACAAAAUGGAAACAAUGUACAACAUCUUCGCAAUACUCCUUCAGCAGCUAAUAAUACUACUCCUCAAGUUCAUACAGCUCCACUAAUAUCCUCAUCUACCCCUCCUCCUCCUCCACCUCUUCCUUCAUCAAGAAAGAAAGUACCUCCUCCUCCUCCUCCACCAGGACGUUAUCAUACUCAGCAACCUCCUCCUCCACCUCCACCAAGAAGACCUACUAAUAAUUUUAAUGCUACUUCAACCCCUCCUCCUCCUCCUCCUCCUCCUCCUAACAGACAACCAGUAACAGGCCCUCAGGUACCUAAUAGGAAUAAUAACAAUAAUAGAAGUAUUCCUCCUGUCCCAUCUAUAAUAAAUCAAAACUAUCCUCCAUCUGCUCCUCAUAGCGCUCCACCUCCACCUCCACCUCCUCCUGUUCCACCAAUGAGUUCAGCAUCUACUUCUCCACCACCACCACCUCCUCCUCCACCUAUGAAUGUAGCCUCUGUUCCACUUCCACCUAUGAAUGCAGCAGCUGCUCCUCCACCUCCACCUCCACCUCCUCCAUCUAUGGGUGCAGUACCACCACCACCACCUCCUCCUCCUUCUGCUCCUGGAGCAGCUCCUUCAAAUCUGCCAUCUAUGUCUGACGGAAGAAGUAAUUUAAUGGCUUCUAUUCGUGCAGCGGGUGGUUUUGGUGCACUAAAACAACAAGGCAAACUGAAAAAAGCUAAUCCAACUCCAUCCUCAAAUACAACUACUGCUUUCACAAGUGCUAAUAAUAAUAGUAGUAGCGCAGCAGCUGGUGGAAGUUUAGCUUCUAGUUUAGCAGACGUUUUGAAACAACGUAAACAAGCUAUGCAAAGCGAUGAUGAAGAUGAAGACGAUGAUGAAUGGGAAUAAUUAAAACCCCGUUAAAUAGUAAAUAAAACAUUUUUU